UGCAGAACGCGUAUAUUUCAAGAAGUUUAAUUUCUUAUUAACGGAGACAUUGUCUGCUACUCUAUCAGUAGAAAAGUGUUUAAAGUGGAGCUGUAAUCAAUGAUGAUGACCAUUAUUGUGACUGGUGUGUUACUUUUCGUCGUCCUGAACGGGACCGUAACAGCUAACGUCAUUUUGCGAGAUGCAGAAUCUUACCCAGCAUUCCUAUCUGGCGAUGUAGCGAAUAGAGUACCUCCUCCUGAAAACAAACUGUUGUGUUUAAUCAUGGGCGUAAACCCCUACUUCUGCCAAAAUGAAGAAGAAACCUUUAAUGAAGACUUUGCAGAAAACGUGUACAGAACCGGCGGACUACAUAACAUCGUGGAAGAAUCCAUGGGCAGGAAAACCUUUACAUCUUGUCGAGGGCUGGCUUGCAAGCUUCAACUUCAAGCAGAAAAUCCAGAAAUUGUGAAACAGUCAGUAGACUUUGGUAAAAGACAGUUUCGUCCGGAAGAUGCCGCUGCAUUUUACAGUGGGUGGUAAAACUGUUGCCGUAUAGAAGACUUAUAUGAAACUAACCAAAGUAUAUACAUUUAAAAUACAUGUUUGUAUAAUUUGUCAA